AACAAAAAAUGAAGUAACAAGCUGUAAAUGAAAGAAAUAAAAAGUGUGUUUUAGCAUAAAUUCAAACCCCCAUGGUUAAAUGUCAGAAUAAAAGUUCUGUUAAAAAUUUGCAACAAAGAAACAAAUUAAUUGCCUUUGGGUUUACAGCGCACUCAAACAAAACCACCACAACAACAACAUCAACACCGCCAAGUUUGUAACGUCUGGCUGAAUACAAAUCCAAAAUCCAUUAUUUUCGAUACACAAAAAAUACUUUGAACUCACAAAAAGAAAUUGAACUUUGAAAUUGUUAUCAUCAUUUGAACAGCAGCUAACUGAAAUAAAUGGAGUAAUAUAUCUGUCUACAAAAAUUACUAACUUAUACUCAUAAACAAAAGUCAACCAUGUCCGACUUGGAACGCAUAAGACUGGUUAUACUCGGCGGUGCCGGUGUUGGCAAAAGUUCCAUUGUAAAGCGAUUUCUAUUCAAAACGUAUACGGAUAAAUAUCGUGCCACCGUAGAGGAUCUAUAUAAUCGUGAAUAUGAUUUGGGUGGUGUUACAUUGAAGGUUGAUAUAUUGGAUACAUCCGGCGAUAUGCAAUUUCCUGCCAUGCGACGUCUGUCCAUAGCCACAGCGCAUGCAUUUAUGCUCGUCUAUGCCACAACAUCUGGACCAAGUUUUCAAUGUGUUAAACAAUGUUUCGAAGAAAUACGAGAGCAAAGAGCUGAUUUUCAGGACAUACCCAUAGUUAUUGCCGGCAAUAAAUCUGAUUUGGCCAAAACCCACAGAGAAGUCAAACUGGAGGAGGUAACAGACUGGGUCUAUUGUGAAUUACCACGGCUAAGAGCCAAAGUUAUGGAAUGUUCCGCCAAAGAAGACAGCAAUGUAACAGAUCUCUUCAAGACAUUGCUGUCGUUGUCUCGAUUUCUACCUGUGGGCAGCAGUAAUGAAGGCACCAGCGGUCUCAAGCGGCGUUCGUCGGCUUAUGUUAGUGCAUCGUCAAGUCGAAAUAAAAAUCGCAAUGCCAGUCCAUCCAUUUCCAGUGAUAAGAAAUCCAGCCUUGUUGAUGCCGUCGAUCCAGCCACAGCCAGCAGUAGUGAUGCCAAAUUGAAGCCAAGAUCAAGGUCUCUGAUACGACGGGCUUCACGUAAAACAAAGCAACAAAUUAAUAAUGCUUCGGAGGAUUGUAAUUUACAGUAGACUCGUGAGUUGCGGAUGGCGUAAAUGAGGAUGCUGACGACGAUGAUGAUGAUGCUGAUAAAAGUCUACAACAACAAUAAUGGUGGUGGUGGUGAUGGCGGUGGAGAGGUUCCAGUAUUUAAAAUAACUGAAGCAAUUGACUGACAAUGCGUGCAAUGAGGCUCAAAGGACAUAUUGUUGUUCUUGUUGCCAGUGGAUGUUGCCGUGGAGUGUGGAGAGGAUGCCAGGCUGCUGGAGUAUGGUAUAAUUAAAAUCAACAUCCAUCAACAGCCGUAAUGAAGAUGAUUUCACUAAACAAAAGAUAUUAUAAAAAAAACGUGCUUUUGUAUUUCAAAUCUCCCCACGUCUUUGCUCUGUAAGUCUCCUCCUCUUGUCCCCCAACCCCUCCUUGAAAACGACACCACACAUCCUGCUGCUCCACCAAAAAGAAAACAAAAAAAAAUUACCGAUUAGCACAACAAUUAAAAACAAGAUAUGUAUGUCGGCAGUUGCAAAGCAACAGCAAUAAACGACAGGCAGAUAGACACUCAAACACACACACACACACUUACCCCCAAAAAUACACAAAACGUUUAUAUUUAUCUUUACAUACUCGUAUUUAUAUAUAAAAUAAUAAAAAAACAACAACAGCAUGUAAUACAAAUAGACAACCAAAAAAUAAAUAAAAAAUAAAAUUUAAUUGUAUUUGUUGAAGAAUUUGUGCAUCAAAUAUCAAAGAGUAAAUCAAAAUUGGGUGUGAAGGAUAGAGAGAGAGAGAGAGAGAGAGAGAAGGAACCAACUUAACCCUUAAACCACAAAAGUCAAAAACAAAAAGAUUCCCCCAGAGGUAUUCUUUACAGACAUACUCAGACACACAUUUUGGAAGGUGAAGAACCUUGCGAAAUUUGGGAGCUCAGAUUCUGAAAACUUGAAAAUUUCAGAGAGAGAGAGAGAGAGAAAGAGAGAUAGAUAGAUAGAAAUUGUGUCAUGUCUACUCCCAUGAUAUUGUCCUUUGUAUUUCAAGGGUUAAUUACCGUUCUUGAAUAGCUACGGGCAAAUAAAGACAUUAUAGAAAUAAAACAACUUUUUUUAAUUGCUUACCUAGGCUAGUUAAUUAAAGACAUAUAAAAAAUAACAACAAAAACAUAAAUCAAACAAGAGCGACCAAAACAAAAUUUUGUAAAGUUUAGCCAGAGUCUAGGAUCAAAAAAUGAAAACACAACUAAGAUAAUAAAAUAAAUAAAAUGUAUUUUUAUUUUAUUAAAAUUGAAAAAAAAUUGUAAUUCAAAUCCCAUUAAAUAUUGUCUUAAUAUUUAAUAUAAUUUGUUUAUCUCUUAUGUUCAUAAAUAAAUACUGUUACGAAAAAUUCAAUUUAUUUUCAAUAGAAAAAAAUUGAUCCUUAGCCCCUGGGGAUAUUUUUUUUUAAGGAAAAAUUUAUAUUCAUAUGUUAAAGGAACAUUAAUUUUUUUAUUAAAAAUUAAACAUAUUGUAAUUUAAACCCAGAUAAAACUUUUUUUUGGUUUU